GUACUAUUUUCAAGCGCCGGAUAUGUGCUCUGAAGAUGUUAUCGCUUCAAUGCGCGAGAAACACUCUUUGGAACCGGUCAAUCCUAUCGUCGUACUCCGAUAACCCCUACACUUCAGUAUCCGUAUCGACUGUAUUUGUGCCGCACACAGUAUGCGAUGCAACAUGCUCAUAUCAAACAGCGCACUGGGUGAGUAUAUGUUCCAUGAAAUGUCAGGAAUCUGAAUAGUAUCAUUCACAUCCAUCACUCAACAACACUAUCUACUACAGUCUUGUUCGCCUCUCAUAGUCGUCUUCCUUCUCGCGGUCGUUUUCUACACCCGCUUAAAACAUCUCACAUACUUCCUGAUGAGGUUCGUUGGUCUGGCACGUACCCCAGCGGCGAUGACUACGAUGGCUGUGCCGCUGCUAUGAAGGUUGAUUGUCAGCCGUGUCCCAUGUUUCAACUUAGACACGAUACAACAUUAGUACGAAACCCACUGGUUUACUCAAGGAUCCCGGGCGGCACAGAUUUCACAUGUUUGGCCGAAACAUAGUAUCGUGAUACCGGAAUGUCAUAGAAAAGCGAAUAUCCACACGAGUAGCUCUUACAUUCCAUCGAGAUAAAUCCAGUCACCGACCAGCUAUGUUUCGAGGUAGCUGAACCUGUGCCAACGAAGAUACUGGGAUUAAUCUCGUUUAGUCACUACCCCAGAUGAUCCCUCGGCGCGGCCCCUUUCGCUUACUCGCACAAAAUUGGGUCUUGUUCCGUUUCCGCAAUGAAAUGUAAGCUCUUCUCCACACAACACCUACCAAACUUAACCUGAAAAAUACCCUAUUUUGACGAUUUGAGACUGCAGCAAGAUUAAAAAUAAUUGACCAUACUCAAACCCCCAAUGGAUAAAUUCGGAUUCGACAACCCGUACACACCUAGUCAAGCUCAUGCGCCUACACCACAGCUUCACAAUGAACUCCUAGGGGACUGCAUGAAUAUUCUAGCCAGAGAGACUGUGGCCGAAAUGCUCCCGUUACAUUCUGGCUCUACCAUCAUCGAUGUUGCAUGUGGGACUGGUGCCGGAACCGCGGCCCUCGUCGCCCAAAUCAAGGAUGCUACCAAUCUCAGCAUCAAAGGCGUCGAAUGGAAUGAAGAGAUGCUCGCUACGUAUGCACAGAAGGCGAAAGACAAUAGCUGGCCCGCCGAAGCCAUUCAUCAGGAUGUUCAGAAACUGUCUAUAGCAGACGACACAUUUUCACACGCUAUAGGCACCGCUGUCCUUUCCGCAUUACCCAGAGACGCUGUCCCGGCCUUACGAGAAGUCUACAGAACUCUUAAACCUGGAGGAGUUGCGGUAUUCAAUUCAUGGGCACAUGUGCCAAACAUGGAGCCCAUUCGGACUGCUUCGAGGCUCACCAGGCCCCAGGGGUCCCCACUCCCUCGCGACAAAAUGAAGAAAUGGGAAGAUCAUAAUUUUCUGAGGCGCAUCUUCAAGCAAAGUGGAUUUGAGGACAAUAGAAUCGCCAUUUUGAAGCGAGAGAUUGUGGUGACGACGACCGGCGUGGAUCGCUACGCAGGCCUACUUUGGAGCUUUCUCGGUGGUAGCUCAACUGCAGGAUGGCUCGCAGCUGAUGGAGAGAAAUGGGAGGAGGCUGUAGCCAUUGUCAAGGAAGAGCUGGUCAAGAGCGACGGGUAUCGGGAGUUGGAGGGUGGGAAAAUGCAGCUCAAAUUUGUGGCUAAUGUCAUUGUUGCGAGAAAGUAA